AUGGCGGACCGACAAGUAGAGGCAAAUUCCCAGUCAUCUAUCGGGUUGACUAUUCCGAGGACAGUGUCCACCAUUGUUAACGACCCUGCCACGCUACCGGCCAGCUUCAGAACAGGCCACCGCCUACUCUCCAUCGUCUGGUACAAACUAGAUUCCAACGACAAGUCCAAACGAAACCUGGUGUACUCCUACUACCCGGCAGCAGGCACGAGGGAGGCGCACGGUGACUUCAACGGCAGGGCUAGUCUCGCCGGCAAGGCCUCCCUCCGGAUCGACAGGACAACCGAAAACGAUGACGGGACGUACGUCCUCGCCAUCAUGGUGGAGGGAGUUGGGAACGAGGAGGGCUUCGUGAAGCUGUCUAUCCUGGUUCCACCGCGAGUGAACGUCGGUCCUUCCAACCCCUACGUCACAGCCUGGGGUAGGUCGGCCACUCUGACAUGCGCAGUGGGAGGCGCCAAACCCAACAUCACCUCCCUACACUGGAAGAAAGAUGGCGAGAGGAUCCUGAGCCGGCCGUUAGACGCCAAGUACUCAGGCGGGACCAUGCAGAAACCAAACCUGCAAAUACGUCACAUGACUCGCGCAGAUGCGGGGAUGUAUACGUGUGUAGCCGACCACAUGGUCCGGUCAACCAGCGCGAGUCUUGUCGUCGAAGUGCUCUACCCUGCUUCCAUCAUCAGUAUCUCAGAGUCCCUCACGGCCACCGUGUCAGACAGCGUUACUCUGCAGUGUGUGGCGGACGGCAACCCCCCUCCCAACAUCACGUGGACAAAGGACGGCAUCCGCCUCCGCAGCCUGAACUCUGCACUAACAGGGGACGUCCGCAUGGGGUCGUACUUGAUCAAGUCUGUGCAGGCCAACGAUACCGGCACCUUCUUGUGUACCGCCGAGAACGACAUCGGUGAAAGUAGUACCAAAUCUCUCAGCUUAACGAUCAAACAAAUGAGGCGAAAGGUAGCCACUUCCACCAUCGCUGUAGUUGUCGGAGCGACCGCUGGGGGGCUCUGGUUGGUGGUCUGUGUGGGACUCGCCGUGUACGUGGCCAAACGCCGAAAGCGGAAGGAGGAGAAGAAAAAGUUUGCCUUUUACUACAACAUGGGGAGGAGGGAUCCUGGUAAUGGAGACGAAAGACUGGAGGAAGAUAAGGAACCUCCUCCGUACUCAUCUGUGCCAGCUAAACCUACAAGCAAGACGCCAAGCUACGGUGGCAUCAACACUAUGAGAAAGUCUUUGGGCAAGAAAGAAAGGAGAUACGCACGCGCGAUGUACGCCUAUCGCCCGCGGGAAGAUAACGAGCUCCGCCUGGAGACUGAUGACAUCAUCGAGGUGCUGGAGGGGGAAGAUGGCGGCUGGUGCCUGGGUUACCUGAGGGGCAGGAUAGGCCUCUUCCCCUCUAACUACGUAAAGUUUAUCUCCUCAAGUGAAGUGUUAGCCAUGAAGGCUGGAGGACCUUGCCAAACCUUAGCCCUGCAGGAGUCGGUGGGAUCAAAACGGAGCAUCUGAUAAAACAUGUGCCGAUUGCUGUCUGGGCGCUCACUGGAGGGAUCUCUGUCUUUGCACCGACUGUAUGGGCUUGGCGCACACAUAGCACCACAUAUGGGCAUUGGGUCACACGGAAUCUAGUUGAAGAUCUGGAAAAUCUACAAGGAAGAGAUUGAGGCUCAUCCGCCAGUUCUACCAAUACCAGGGAAAAGUGAUAAAGUACUGCAAUGGUACUCAAUAAUGCAACCGGAUGUGUACAUAGCACCACGAUGGUUCCAUAAAGCACCAAACAUUGGCAUUGGGAUGUACAUAGAAUGCACCUUUCAUCACACUAGAUUCUACAACAGGAGCCAAUACAGUCUCGUCUCACGGCAGUAGCUCUGAAGACUGUCUAUCGUCUCAUCUAUAGAUAGAAUACACGGACGGGCACACAAGAUGACUUAGCUAUCUUAUCUGGGAGCGGCAGCAGCCGAUGGUAAAUGGUACCUGUCCUUUGUGAAGCUCUCCAUAGAAUAGAAAACGCCACCAGAUAAAGUUUAAUUUCGCCACGGAAUCGAUUUUACACAACUUCGUAUUUGAAAAUGUCACCAAAAAAGGCAUAAAGUAGUUGUAUCGACGUAUAGAGUAAAAAUUGAAAUUCUUACAACUGAAAUCUCUUCAGAGGCCAAUUAUAUUUACAUGUACGUUUGUGUUGUAAGAUAUCGACUGUUUAUCACAAAAUGUUGUCUUCGUGUUAUUACUUAAUAUCAGGGAGCGAUACAUUUCUUCAAUCUGAGAAGUGAUAAGUUGUAUACUUAAGUGAUGGAGCAUGAUGAAAAGAAUAAGAUUUUAUCUGGCGUUCUGAUAUAACGUUUUACUUUGUCCGAUGACGAUGUUAUGAUUAUUCCGCAAGGACAUAGCUUAGACAGCAUGUCAUAUGGCAGUAUUCGUGAUGUGCUUUUUUUUUUAAGAUAGAGAAAAACGUGGUUCCCCAGGGCAGCUUUCUGGAACCACUUAAGCAUGAUGGUAUUGAUCGUCCGGUCAUGUGAGAGGGCUUCGGGCGAGCAUCUCAAGCCAUUCUUUUCUGACAAGUUCUUUGUCUUAUCGCUGGAGCCAAGCUUUUUACCCUAGAGUUGUUUUUUUCUCGAAGUAGGAGAAGUCUUUACUGAUAUCUGAAAAGCCAGCGAUUUGUUCCACCGCCCUGAAAUGCACAUAUACGUCUUGUUGAUACAUUAGUGUCUGUCUGUCUUAACCCGAGUGCAAAACCUGAGCAGGGUAAUAUCUAGUAUACUUUGAAAACGAUGUUUUUGUAGUUUUAGCUUUGAUUUUUUUUCUUCCUUCAAAGUGUGACCUGCUCGCUGUUGGGAUGGUUUUCUUGUAAAUAAAUGCUGACGUGAAG